AAAAAUCCAGUGCAAAACGACACUCUUUUAGCUUCCAUUAUAAACAGUGACUGUGUUUAGUUUACUCAGCAAAACGCCGAGCUGGAAAGCGAGUCAGCCAUGGCGAUCGAGGCAUGGUUCAUGGACGAGAGCGAUGAAGACCCAAGGCUUCCUCACCAUCGCAACCCCAAAGAGCUUGUUCCCUUGGACCAUUUGGCAGAGCUUGGUGUGCUCUACUGGCGCUUGAACCCAAAGGACUAUGAGAAUGAUCAACAACUUCGCAACAUUAGAGAAACCAGGGGAUAUAAUUACAUGGAUUUGCUUAAUAUAUGCCCAGAGAAAUUGGAGAAUUAUGAGGAGAAGUUGAAGAACUUUUAUACAGAGCACAUACAUGCUGAUGAGGAGAUACGCUACUGUUUAGAAGGAAGUGGGUACUUUGAUGUUAGAGACAAGAAUGACCGUUGGAUUCGAAUCUGGAUUAAGGCUGGUGACCUUAUCAUUUUGCCUGCUGGGAUUUACCACAGGUUCACCCUUGAUACUAGCAACUAUGUUAAGUUGAUGAGGUUGUUUAUGGGAGAGCCUGUUUGGAUUUCGUACAACCGGCCGCAGGAAGAUCAUCCGGCUAGGAAGGAGUAUAUAGAGAGCUUCACUAAGAAAGUGGGAGUGGCAUUGGAAGCUCAUUGAAGGGUCAUGACUCUCCUGGAUUCUUGCAGAUGAACCAUCAUGGUAUUGUUGUAUUGAAUCUUCUUUGUAAUGAUAUUAUAAGGUGUAUGAUUAUAGUUCGAACCCUUUUAUUGUUCUAUAUAUGUGCUUGAGAAUUGAGGUUGUGAUAAUGAACUCUCUUUAUUGAGAAUCUUAUGUCCAAA